AUUGGCUGAAAAAAAGUGCAGGGAAAACCGUAUGAGUCAAUUUAUACAUGAGGUGAUUGGAUGAAAGUGGGGUAUUUUUAAGUAUAAAAACUAAUUUAAAAAGUAACACUACAUUGUUUUCUGAAGAAAAUGAAAUAUUUCAUGAGUCUCUGUGAUAAUUUUGACUUGGAUAUUUGCAUUUAUAAAAAGUGUAUGUCAGUCCUGUGAUCAGCAGAAAAUUUCAAUGAAAUGGGGGGUAAUCCUCUUUGAAGUCAUUUUGCAAAAAAUUUGGUCGGCUACCCCUAUAUAACAGGAACAUUUUUAUGUGUCAGGCAUUUCAUUCUGCUAGAAAAAUUACCUCUUUAGCAUGAAAACUCAAUUUUAAGGUAGGAUUAGGGACCAUUUCUUAUAAUGUAAGUCUAUGGAAAUAUCAAUGUGAGUGUCUGACCAACAUGGCGAGCACUGAAGAGUGGCACACGGAAUCGCUCCGUUGUAUGAUCGCUGAACGAAUAAAUGAUGCAAAACAGAGUUCAUCAACUUCGAACGAACUGUCUUCAGAAGAACUAGAAAAAAAGUUGUUUGACCAAGCCAAGAGUAGGGAUGAGUAUUUAGUCCUUGUUUCCAAGUUGAUUAUACAGUUAAAAGGGGUCAAAGAUGAACAGCCUCCUAGUCUUGCCACUGAAGCUGUUUUGGUGAAAAGUGAAUCUCUUCCAGAUGACACCCCAACAAUAAAAGGAUAUGAUUUUAACAAGGGAGUUGACUACCACAAGCUUUUACAAUCAUAUGCACGGUCAGGGUUUCAAGCUCAAAACUUCGGCAAGGCAGUGGAGGAAAUCAACAAAAUGAUUGAUUGUAAACUAAAAUGUGUUGCCAAGGAAAACUUGAAGGAUUUAAACCUGCAUCCCACUGGUCGUCCACAGACUAACUGUACUAUAUUUCUUAGUUACACAUCCAAUCUCGUGUCAGCUGGUGUAAGGGAAGUCCUUAAAUAUCUGGUACAACAUAAUAUGGUGGACUGUAUCGUUACCACAGCUGGAGGUAUUGAGGAAGACUUUAUAAAAUGUAUGGCCCCGACUUAUGUGGGCGAUUUUUCACUUAGGGGCAGAGAACUUAGGGAUAAAGGUAUAAAUAGGAUAGGCAAUCUGCUAGUUCCGAAUGACAAUUACUGCAAGUUUGAAGACUGGUUGAUGCCAAUACUGGACAAAAUGCUGGAAGAACAGAAGGAAAAGAAUGUCCUGUGGACUCCAUCCAGAAUGAUAGAUAGACUGGGCAAGGAGAUUAACAACCCAGAUUCUGUGUAUUAUUGGGCACAUAAAAACAACAUUCCAGUCUAUUGUCCAGCUAUCACAGAUGGUUCACUAGGAGAUAUGAUCUACUUUCAUUCCUAUAAAAACCCUGGACUGGUUCUAGAUCUUGUACAAGAUAUUCGAGGUGUAAACAGUAUAGCUGUACAGUCAGUGAACACCGGUAUGAUCAUUCUGGGAGGCGGAGUUAUAAAGCAUCAUACAUGCAAUGCUAAUCUUAUGAGGAAUGGUGCAGAUUUUGCUGUAUAUUUAAACACUGCAUCAGAGUUUGAUGGCAGUGACUCAGGUGCAAGCCCAGAUGAGGCAAUAUCCUGGGGUAAAAUAAAGAAGACCGCAAAUCCUGUAAAGAUCUGUGCCGAGGCCACUCUUGUGUUUCCUCUACUGGUGGCUGAGUCCUUCGCUCGCAGACAACAGGAAUUCCUCGAUUUUUCCUCGAAAGAAAAGAAAGAGAAUAAUGUGGACAGCUUUGAAAUUAUUAAAUGACACUAGAAAUACAUUUAAUAUAUGUGCAUAGGCGAAACCAUAUCUGUGAUAUCAGUAAGACAGUGAUUAAUAAUGAGAAAUUUUAAUCAAACAAUCUAUCAUUUUACCCCACUAAAUAAAGUUGUCGGGUCGGUGUAUGUAUUAAAAUAGGACGGAUCAUCAGAACAUCAGUAUUGAAUGUCAAAGUUUGAUUUACUUGAAAAAUACAACUUGAACCCCUUAAUGAAAGCCUCAAGUGCUUGAAAACGCCUCUUAAUCUUUUCUUGAAGUUCCAAAAGGUAGAAAUAGCUAAAUCUUUUGGUUUAAACAUAUUUAUUUCAGCUCGAUUAUGAAACAAGUUCUUGCAACUUAUAUUAAUCACUUUCGAGUCUGCUUCCUAGAACCAACCAGUACUGGUGUCAUAUGAAGAAACAUGGUCGUGACCCGAGUAGGGCUCGAACCCAUGAUCUCUGGAUUGAGAGGCAGACACCUGAACCACCGCUUAAUCUUUUAACUUGUAUCAAGUUUAAAAUAUGUAUUUUGGUUAGUGAUAACUUUCCAUCAUAAUGUCUUUUUUCUAUUUAAUAGCUACUUGCACUAGUAACCAUUUGGAAUGAUCAAACUAUAUUGCAAUAGAUUUAAUAUAUGA